AUGCGCUUCACCUCACUCGCCAUUGCCUUCCUUGCUUGCGCCCUCGUGGUGUCUGGCAAUGUGAUCCGUGAGAAGAGACAGUGUGGAUGUGCUCAGCCGCAGCAGAGCCAGUGCUCGUGCCAACAGGUUCAACAGACUCAAUCAUGCUCGUGCCAAUCUGCUCCAGUUGUUCAACAAGCGGCUCCAGUCCAGCAACAAUCCUCCUGCUCUUGCGCUCAACCGCAACAGAUUCAACAAGUUCAAGUCCAAGCUACCCAAUGCGCCCCAGCCUGCCAACAAAGCUGCACUCAACAAUGCCAAGCCGCUCCAUCAGUUGCUCAGUGCCAACCACAAUGCCAACAGCAAUGCCAGGCUCAAUGCUCCCCAGCUACCACUACCACCACUACCACCCAAGCUCCUCAAGUAGUCCACAUUCAGCUGCAAAUUCAACAACAAGCUCAAGCUCAAGCUCAAUGUCAACCACAGUGCCAGCAACAGUGCCAAUCUUCCUGCUCCCAGCAACAGCAACCAGCCGCUCAAUGCAGUUCUGCAUGCAACACCCAGUGCUCGAAUAUGUGCCAGCAAGCCGCUCCAGUCCAACAAGAUCCAGCUACCAACACCCAAAUGUACAACCCAUACAACAACAAUAACAAUCAAGGAUCCUCCUGCGCUCCAGCGUGCCAGCCAGCUUGUGACAACUCUUGCGUUGCCCAGCAAGCCCAGCCAUCCGCCCCAAUGUACAACCCAUACCAAGACACCACUACCCAAGCCCCUGCUUCAUCCCAAGCUGUCAUUCAAAUCGUGCUCCAACGCUCCAUGGCCGAAUCCUCCCAAUGUGCUCCACAAUGCGAGCAAUCCUGCCAACAACAAUGUGUCCAGCAACAGCAACCAGCCGCACAGUGUCAAACCGCUUGCCAAGAUUCGUGCUCCAGCUCUUGCCAAGCUGCCCAGCCAGCUAUGACCUCCUGCCAACAAGCUCCAGCUAGCAACCCAUCAACCAGCUCGUGCUCUUGCCAAGCCAACUACUCUCCGUGUGGAAACGGACAGUGCUGCAAGAGAAAGUGA